AUGGUGUUUCACAUCAGACCAGUUACUAAGGAAGGCAACUGUGUGUGUACGCACACACACAAACACAACUGUGUUUAUGUUUGGAGCAACUAGGGAGGGAGAGAGCGACAGAAAAAGGAAAAUGCUAAUGAUCAGUAGUUGGCAGAUGGAGUGAUGUAGCGAGGACUGGUAUUGCUGCCCACUUAAACUCAUCUGCUGUUACUCCAACCCCCAACACAAGACUGGACUCUGUGCACACUCAUCCACAUGCUUGCUCAUUCACGCACCCUAAGGCGCUUGUUCUCACUCAUACUCUUUCAGAUACUCGGGACUCUAUGAAAACAUCGAUCUGGACUAACAAUUAAAUGUUGGAGUCCAACAACCUUGUGACAUUUGAAGGCCUGGCCAACAGUUCGGCUUACCACACCUUCCUGUUAGAUGAAGAGAAAGGAAGACUUGUAGUGGGAGCCAAGGACCACAUCUUCUCCUUCAACCUCCUCAAUAUCAGCAAAGACUAUGCGCAGAUCCCUUGGCCAGCUUCUCCCACCAGAAGAGAUGAAUGCAAGUGGGCAGGAAAAGAUCUCUCGAGAGAGUGCUCGAACUUCGUGAAGGUGCUGCAGCCGUUCAACCAGACCCAUCUCUAUGUAUGUGGGACAGGAGCCUUUCAUCCUGUGUGUUCCUACCUGGAGGUGGGCAAGAAACCAGAGGACAGUGUGUUCAGACUGGAGUCGCACGUAGAAAACGGUCGAGGGAAGAGUCCCUAUGAUCCCAAGCUGCUCACUGCAUCCAUGCUAAUUGAUGGGGAGCUGUAUGCUGGGACAUCAGCGGACUUCAUGGGGCGGGACUUUGCCAUCUUUCGCACUCUCGGCAAGCAUCACCCAAUAAGGACAGAGCAACAUGACUCCCGGUGGCUAAAUGAUCCCAGAUUUUUGGGUGUUCAUCUGAUCCCAGAGAGUGACAACCCAGAAGAUGACAAAAUCUACCUGUUCUUCAGAGAGAAUGCUAUGGAUGGAGAACAUGCAGGAAAGGCCACACAUGCUCGCAUUGGGCAACUCUGCAAGAAUGACCUGGGAGGUCACAGGAGUCUGGUAAAUAAGUGGACCACCUUCCUGAAAGCUCGGCUUAUUUGCUCGGUGCCUGGCAGCAAUGGGAUAGACACACACUUUGAUGAACUACAGGAUGUUUUCCUCAUGAGCACCAAGGAUCCUAAGAGCCCGAUCAUCUACGGCGUAUUUACAACUUCCAGCAACAUCUUCAAAGGCUCAGCUGUGUGUAUGUACAGCAUGACAGACAUCAGGAGAGUGUUUCUGGGUCCAUAUGCUCACAGAGAUGGACCCAACUAUCAGUGGGUGCCCUUCCAAGGACGUGUUCCCUAUCCACGGCCUGGAACAUGUCCAAGCAAGACAUUUGGUGGAUUUGACACAACCAAGGACCUCCCUGAUGAAGUCGUAACUUUUGCCAGGAGCCAUCCAGCCAUGUUUAAUCCUGUCUACCCUAUUAACAAUCGACCCAUCAUUGUCAAAACAGAUGUGGAUUAUCAGUUCACUCAGAUAGUGGUGGAUAAAGUAGAAGCAGAAGACGGCCAAUAUGACGUUAUGUUUAUAGGCACAGAUAUGGGAACAAUUCUGAAAGUGGUGUCCAUCCCCAGAGGCUCCUGGCAUGACUUAGAGGAAGUCCUAUUAGAAGAAAUGACAGUCUUCAGAGAGCCAACAGCCAUUACAGCCAUGGCACUUUCAACAAAACAGCAACAACUGUACCUGGGCUCAAACAUCGGUGUGUCUCAGAUGCCUCUGCACCGGUGUGAGGUUUAUGGGAAGGCCUGCGCUGAAUGCUGCCUGGCAAGGGACCCUUAUUGCGCAUGGGAUGGCACAGAAUGUUCUCGAUACUUUCCCAUGGCUAAGAGGAGAACAAGGAGGCAAGACAUCAGGAACGGAGACCCACUCACACAGUGCUCAGAUCUGCAACACCAUGAUGAACUCAGUGGACAGACGACCCUCGUGGAUAAGACGGUGUAUGGGGUGGAGAAUAGCAGCACCUUCCUUGAGUGUAGCCCCAAGUCCCAGAGAGCCAUGACGUACUGGCAGUAUCAACACUCCGCCGAUGACCGCAAACAAGAGAUCAAAUCAGACGAACGUUUCAUCCGCACGGACCAGGGCCUCCUGAUUCGUACUCUGAACAAGAAGGAUUCAGGCAUUUACCUGUGCCAGGCGGUGGAACACGGCUUCAUGCAGACGGUUCUAAAGGUUAACUUGGAGGUCAUCGACACGGACCGCCUGGAGGAUCUUCUGCAUCGUGAUGAAGAGGCAGCAGCCAGCAUCCCCUCCCAGGACUUUUCCUCACCAAGAGAAACCCCCAAUCAAAAGCUUUGGUACAGAGACUUCCUGUCUUUGGUCAAUCACCCGACCUUGAAUAGCGUGGACGAGUUCUGCGAGCAGGUUUGGAAAAGGGAGAGGAAGCACAGGAAGCAGAAAGCUCACCUGGUGCAGCAAGUACAACUACACCAGCAGCAGCAGCAGCAGAAGGUUGUGAUGAACCCUCACAACCACAUGCAUGCUCAGGGGCUGGCGGCCAAGUGGAAACACCUGCAGGAGAGGCAGAAGGGACGCAACCGCAGGACCCAUGAACUGGAGAGGGCUCCCCGCAGUGUCUGACCUACAAAGCUUGACUUUUAACACUGAGACUUGAAACCACACCCAUUCUAUAAACCUGAUUAACUUAUCAUGUUUUUCAUCGUUCGUUCUGAGAUACAGACUUCUUCCACAAAGACUGGAUAGAAAAGUAAAGCUGCAAAAUGCGACCCUGGUCUGCCAGCUGGUGUGUUCUGUGCGUGGGCAGCCAUGUUUACAGAACGCCAGUGCGGAGGACUGCAGGAAACAGGAUGUUGUAUCACCCCAGUCCAUUGAAGCAUAUUAUCUCAGCUGGCCUCUGUGGCCCUGAACUCUACAGAGGGACAGUGUCAGCCAGCACAAGAACUGGAUGCAUUUACCCACACUACAGACAUGACUGACUCUUUGUGGCGAUGGCUGUGGCAAUGGCAUUGUCAUGGCAUGUUAGUUAGCUGUCUUUGUCAGUGUGCAGAUGAGUACCUAAAAAGACGUGAACAUGUCUUUUCUAUGACAUAAUUAUGAAAUGUGGAUGAGAUUCUGUUAAAACAGUCUGAAGAAUAAACUGACCUGCAGUGGAAUCACAACAGCAAAAUAAGCGAAGCUGAUGAAAAGGACACUAUGGAAUAUGAUCAUUUUUUGGUAGUAUUACUGGGUAAUUCAGUCAACAGGAGAAAUAUAAAUGCCCGAGCACUGCAAGAAACUAGGAGGAACACUCAUUAUUUGAUCAACAAAUCUAAUUAUGUAACUAUGAUGUGUAAAUAUUGUAUUCUACAAUGUCUCCUCGUACUAAAGGGAAUGGCUUGCAGUCUUCUAGUAGCUUCAUGUUGUUUUACCCAGAACACAAAUGUAUUUAAGAAAAAGUCAAAAACAGGGAGAUUUUGUACUAGUCCAUGUGUCUAUACCCUAGAUAAGCUUCCCAAACAAAGAGAGGCUAGAUUUUUUUGUUUACGUUGUCAUAUAUUUUUUUGUUAAUCAUCAUCUUUCUAGUCUCAACAUUUAUAAGUAUAGUGUCACUUUAUAUGGAGGUCUGCCAGCUGCAUCAUAUCCGUGCGCAAAAUGUCAGAGUUCUUCCGUGUUUAUUUAAUUAUACUUUGUAAGCGAUUUGUUUCCACUACUUGUGUAUUUAUUGAUAUACAGCUCUGUACAUUAUGAAAAUAUUUUUUGAUGUGCAGACUUUUUCUUUUUGCAAAGCAUCAUUUGGUUUUUAUUAAUUUGAUUUUCAGGACCAAUCUCGUUAAAAAAAAAAGAAAAAAAAACUGUAUUAUCACAAAUACUGUAGUAAGACUGGACGUUAUUUAUCAGUUUUGGUCAACAUCACCUGCAUUACAUAUCAAAUACACUGAGCAAUAAGCCAGUAUACAUACUGUAUUUUUCUUCCACAUUUAAUGCCUCAUAUCCAUAUUCUUCACAGGCAGUGCAUUGUGACAGCUUCAUUUCACUGCAUGUAACAUUAAAAAAAACAACAAAAAAAACUGUAGUUUUUCCCAGGCUGCACAGUGGUUUUUGGUGGUUAGCACUGUUGCCUUGCAGCUAGAAGAUCCCCAGUUUGCAUCCCGGCCUUCAGGGGAUCUUUCUGCAUGGAGUUUGCAUGUUCUCCCUGUGCAUGUGUGUUUUCUCUGGGUACUCCGGUUUUCUCCCACAGUCCAAAAACAUGCUGAGGUUAAUUGGUAACUCGAAAUUAAUCAUAGAAUGCGAGUGUGAUUGUUUGUCUCUACAUGUAGCCUUGUGACAGACUGGCGACCUGUCCAGGGUGUCCCCUGCCUUCGCCCGAGUCAGCUGGGAUAGGCUCCAGCCCUCCUGCAACCCUAAUGAGGGUUAAGCGGUGUAUAGAUAAUAAAUGGAUAGUUUUUCCAGAGUACAACAUCAUUUUAUUAAACAAUGCACACACAAACACAAACCUGGAAUGUAGCUGUGAACAUCAUGUAAAUAUAAAUAGUAUGGUCUAUGUUUGACAAAUAUGACACUACGUACUAGUGCAUGUGAAUACUAUUGUAGUGUUCCUGUUUUGCUAUGGCGAUAAUAUACUAGUCUGAUGUUGUCACCGUUAAGAUGUUGUUUGCUUCUGCAGUACACAAUAGUUACUAUUUCAAAGAUGUACAUACUAUUUCUGUUAGGACUCUAAACUGUAUACUUGAUAUAAAUAAGAACUAAACAGGAUCUCUCGAUGGAUCGCAACGUCCACAGACCACUUUGAAACACGACCGUAUGUCAGAUAAUCUUGUGUAAUGAGUGUUUGCAAGCUUCAUCUACUUUGUGGAAAUCAUUACAAAGGAAGAUGAGAAACAGUUGAAGCCGGCCUUAAGAGAUUUUUGGCUAAUGAAACAAGUUGAACACCAGAGUUGUGGAUUAUGAUGAGAUCAUCAUAAAAUGUAGGGGACCUGUCUUGGAAGUGAGGAAAUGAAGUGCUGCUGUUGCUGCUUUUUGGCAUGAUGAUGAUGAUGGUGGUGAUGUAUUCUACUGAUCUAAUAAAUGUGUCUUCAUAAA